AUGCUGUGCAGCCUGUAUCUCAUUCUUGCUGCGGUCCUCUUCCCGACUCAGAGAGCUUUCGAGUUCUAUGCCUACUACACGGAUAAGAAUAACUUGGCUGGGAAGGACCAAGCUUACUUCGAUGCUCUAUUCAAUUGCGGAGUCACAGAACUGAUAUUUGGUGGAAUGUCCGCUUCGUCAACAGGCGAAUUGCAUAAGACAUUUCCUGAUGAUGCCCACUUGCGUAUGGCACGCAAGGCGGCUGACAAGCACGGCGCCAGGAUCUCUUUCAUGCUCCAAGGUAUUCCGUUUAUUGAUGCUGGCAAGUUGCCCUUAGACACCUUCCUGAAGUCAGCUAACGAUAUGUUCAAGAAACACUCUUUUGAUGGCAUUAACUUCGACUGGGAGUUCCCCGGGAACAACGAUGAGUGGAUCGCGUAUCGGAAUCUGAUGAUUGAGACAAAGUUGUCGGUGGCAAGAGAGGGCAGGAGCGCUAGUGUUACAGUGGCCAUCGGUGGGUCAUUCGACCUUUACAAGAAGAUCGACUUAUGUAGCCGUAUCGACAUGUGCCUUUGGAUGGGAUACGACAACUAUGGUGACCCCAGAGGACAUUCCGACAUGCUUUGGGUGGAAGCGAUGGUCUUACAAUGGUUAUACUAUGAGUCGAUGAGUCCAACCAAGUUCGGUCUGGGGGUACCUCUUUACGGCGAGGACCGACAUGGGAGGCAGAUAAGAUAUUCGCAGCUCGUCGCUGAGGGGGCCGAUCCUAAAGGCAAUGGGACCUUCCACGGGUAUUUUUUCGAUUCCCAGCCCAUACUGCAAGAUAAGAUAGUAUUCGCCAACCUCAACAAGCUGGGCGGGCUAAUGGCAUGA